AUGGGCCUCUCACAAGAAGUGUCCUAUGCAAAUAUCGACCAGCUGAUACGGGAUCGUGCAAAGACGCAUGCAGACGAGACGAUUUUCUCCUACGCCGACGAAAAUGGUGCUUUUAAGAACUAUACAGGAGCUGACGUAGAGCGAUUGACAAGAGCUGCGGCGAGGGCAUAUCGCAGAGCGCUUCCCGAGAAGGAUGGGGUGUUCAGGGUCGCUCUGGUAGGAACUUCGAGCUUCGAGUACUACAUUGCAUUCUUAGGAUUGCAGCGCAUGGGAUUGACGUCGAUGUUCAUGUCUCCACGGCUCGCGGACCAAGGAUAUGCGCAUCUCUUGGCCACGACAGGAUGCCAGGUGGUCAUCGCAGCAGCAUCAUCUAUCAAGACAAUUGAACGAGUUUGCGAAAUGAGCGAAUCGACAGUAACCGUCAUACCACUUAUGGAUCUGCAGUCACUCUCCGAUCUGAGGCUGGAGGAUGAAGAUAUGUUGCCUGUACCGGCUGACUGCAAGCAAGAGUUCAUCAUCCAUAGCGGCGGUACAACAGGCUUGCCCAAGCCAGUCGUGCUCUCUCCAAGCUCGUGGUUGGCACAAGCAGCUGUGGUGGCUGCUCGUAUACCCCGUGCCGAUACUUUGACGACGCUGCCUUUGUUCCAUAGUUUUGGCCUGGCGACAUUACUCCGUGGUCUCGUCAACGGCACGACGCUCGCAAUCUUGAAUGCCAACCGACCGAUAACCGCAUCCAUCAUUAACGCUUCCCUCGAGUGCACGCUAUCCAAGACGCUAGUUACUGUUCCAUAUAUCCUGAAAUUCUUCACCGAGAUUCCUGGCGGUGUCGAGCGACUGGCCAGUCUCACUCAGAUCAUCGCCGCUGGCUCGGCAAUACCCAACGACCUAGCAGAAGUGCUGCUGGCUAAGAAGGCGCGUGUCUAUCAUCUCUACGGCUUGACCGAAGCAGGUGCGCUGAUGGAAGCAUGGGCGCCAGAUUUCCGAUGGGUCACUCCGUUGGCGCACGCAGCGCCAUUCCUGAAGUUCGAGCCUGUCGAAGACGAUUGUUUUCACCUGGUCGUGAUGCCAGGGCUUCCCGCCAAGGUAUAUUCGGAUCGCGAGGAUGGGUCGUAUGCCACAAAAGAUGUCUUUCGGCCGCAUCCGACGGAGCCAGGCAUAUGGAGGUUUGUGGGCAGGCAAGACGAUGUCAUCGUACUGAUGAACGGGGAAAAGGCAGACCCUACGCCGUUGGAAGAGGCCGUGUUGCGGAACCGCAACGUGUGCGCAGCGGUAGUGUUUGGGGCAGAGCGGGACUCGCUGGGCAUGGUGGUGGUCGCCUCUGAGGAAGCCAAGAUGCUGAGCAAGCAAGACGUGAUGGACAGCAUCGCCGCCGAUGUCGACGUGGGCAACUCUCGCGUGCCAGCGUAUGCGCGCAUCUCUCGCGACGCCGUGAUUAUCAAGGACGCAGGCACGCCGUUCCCGAGCACCGACAAGGCCACGGUCAUCAAGCCGCGCUUCCUGCAGACCUUCGCUGCCGACAUCGAGCAACACUAUCAAGCACGAGCCCGGGCGACUGAGGCAGCCGACGUGCCCGACGACCAGGUCGGCUCCGUCGUGCGCCAUGCCGUUGCCGCGGCCUUGGACCCGUGCGCAGUCGACGACGAGGCCGACUUCUUCGCGCUGGGCAUGGACUCGCUGCAGGCCUCCAAUGUCCGCUCCAGUCUGGUCCAGAGCAUCAACCUGCGCGGGGCCACGCUCGCCACCAACGUCGUCUUCGAACAUGCCACCGUCGCGCUCUUGACCCGCCAUCUGCUCGACCUUCGCCGCGGCCUCUCCACCCACCAAGACUGCCCGGAGGACUUCGCCCAGUCGCUGGUCGCCAAGUACUCGCAAUUCACGCCCGCGCCCCCAGGCUCCGUGACCGGAGGGUCGCCGUGCGUGCUGCUCACCGGUGCCACGGGGGCUGUAGGCUCUCACGUGCUCUGCAACCUCGCCACCAACCCCGCCGUCGCCCACGUCUACUGUCCUGUGCGCGCGCCCGACGCGCCCACGGCACGCACGCGCAUCCACGCUGCCCUCCAGCACGCCCGCCUCCUCCCCCGCCUGGACACCACACUCCACCUCUCCAAAAUCGUCGCCCUCCCCUGCGACUUCGCCGCGCCCAAUCUCGGCCUCCCCGCCAGCCUCCUCGCGCAAUUCUCCUCGACCCUCACGCACAUCAUUCACAACGCCUGGUCCGUCAACUUCAACCACUCGCUUCGCAGCUUCGAGCCGCAGUCCCUCCGCUCGACUCACUUUCUCCUCACUCUCGCUGCAUCGUCACUCCGCUCCACAAAACCGACUGUAACCUUCGUCUCCAGUAUCGCCGCUGCCUUGUGUGCCGAGCCCGCCCACGCCAUCCCCGAGACCCUUCAUCCAUGGCCCGCCGUGGCCGGAAUGGGUUACGCGCAGAGCAAGUGGGUAGCCGAGCACAUGGUCGCCGCCGCCACCGACAUGGCCCAAGUUCCGGCUCGCGUCGUGAGGCUGGGGCAGGUGUGUGGCGAUACCGAAUGGGGAAUGUGGAAUCCGGCUGAAGCGAUUCCGACAACGGUUCAGGCAGCCCGCACGAUUGGGGCGUUGCCCGUGGUAGAGGGCGGCCAUGGCGACGACGACGACGACAGCUGGUUGCCUGUGGAUGUGGCGGCAAAGGCGCUGGCGCAGGUGGCGUUGGCGCCUGAGCAAAACGGAGCGGGUUUCCAUGUGCUGCAUCUUGUCAACGAGGCACGUAUCCCUUGGAACGCCGAGUUCCUGCCAGGCUUAAAGAAGCACGGACUAGAGUUUGACGCGGUGGAGCAGAAAGAAUGGUUACGUAGGCUGGAAGCCUCGGAACAGGAUGUGCGAGUUAACCCGCCUUACAAGUUGCUCGAGUUCUUCAAGGGCAGAUAUGGAUCGGCACAGGGAGCCUCGCAGCCAAAGUUCGACACCACUCAGGCGAGGAAGUGGGUGCCUUGCCUUGCGGGCGGGAUAGAUAUCAGUGAGGAGUUGAUUGGGAAAUUCCUUCGAUACUGGACUGAGGAAGCUUGGUCAAAGUAG